CUCUCUCUCUCUAUCGCCUUCUUUUUCGUCCUCUUUGAAACAAACGAUUCUCGAAGACGGGAUUUUCGGUAGGGCUUGAACCAAGUUCAGAGCAUAAAUCACAAGGGGAUACGUCAAGAUCGGGUUGAUUUUACGACCACGGAGUUCAAGAGAGUCGAGUUCAGACGUCAACCAAGAGCGAGGCCCACAGUAAUCUUUGGAAGAUGGAAGACGCAUCGAACGGCAAGCACGAAGAAAUCGGGAAGGAGGAUUACAGCAGGACAAUUUCACAAGAACAACUCACCAAUAAAGAACCGAAGUUUGUCCUAGGAAGGCCGACUCUAUGGCUGGUGAUUUCUGUGAUAGCGGUAACCUUCGGGAGCUCAGCCCAGUAUGGAUACGGCAUUGGCGUUCUAACCGGUCCCUCGUUGACCAUGCAAGAUUUUUACAACCAGUCCAACUAUGACAGACGAGGUGAGCCUCUCAGUGAUACAGGUGUCCUAUGGCUCUGGUCCGCCACCAUCUCUGUAUGGUGCAUCGGCGGAGCUCUCGGCGCCUUGGUCGGUGGGUACCUUAGCGACGGACUUGGAAGGAAAGGAGCUCUCCUAAUGAUCAACAUCUUCUCCCUCGUGGCGGCAGUCCUCUUUGGGUUUGCGGAGUUGGCUAACUCAUACGAGAUGGUUAUCAUAGGCAGACUCAUCCACGGUUUCUAUGUUGGUACGGCCAUUACGAUUGUUCCCUUGUACCUGGCUGAAAUCUCUCCUAUCAAUCUAAGAGGAGCCAUUGGAGUCAUCCAUCAGUUGAUGAUCACUAUCGGUAUCCUCAUUGGUCAGGCCCUAGGACUGUACGCCUUCACUGCAGAAGACAGCUGGCCUAUUCUGCUGGCUUUGAUUGGAGUGAUGAGUGCCUUCCAGCUGAUCCUCCUACCAUUCUGCCCAGAGAGUCCAAGAUGGCUACUCCUCAACAAGAACAAAGAAGAGAAGACCAGACAAGCUCUGGUAAGACUACGAGGCUCGGAUGAUGUCGAAGAAGAGAUUCGGGAGAUCAGGGAGGAGGGAUCCAAAGAUGUGGAAGUUGAGGAGAAGGUUGGAAUCGUGGACGUGAUAACCCUCAAGGACCCAAGUUGGAAGAUGCCUCUGCUCAUCUGUAUGAUUCUUCAGGGAGGACAACAGCUCUCUGGUAUCAAUGCUGUUCUCUUCUAUGCCACAGAAAUCUACCGCCAGACUGGUAUGGGAGCAGAGGAGGUUGCUUACGCCACCAUCGGAACAGGUGCCAUCAACGUCGUCAUGACGAUUAUCUCGGUGUACAUGGUUGAGCGUGCUGGACGUCGUAUUCUAACGGUCGUCCCAUUCGGUCUAAUGGCCAUAUGUUUAGCUCUCCUCACAGUCAGUUUAAAUCUCCAGCCUACUUUUGAUUGGAUGAAAUGGUUGUCUCUCAUCUUCAUCUAUGCCUACAUUGUAUCAUUCGCUGUUGGACCAGGUCCUGUACCAUUUGUGAUUGUUCCUGAGUUGUGGACCCAGGGACCACGCCCUGCUGCCAUGAGUAUCGCUAUCCAGACCAACUGGUGGUGUAACUUCCUUGUUGGUCUUACCUUCCCCUUUAUUCAGGCUACCGUAGGGGCAUACUCGUUCUUGGUCUUCAUGUUCUUUGUGAUCUUGACGACCAUCUUCUCCUACUUCUACGUUCCCGAGACUAAGAACAGGACGUUCGACGACAUCAUGGAUGGCUUCAGGAAGGGAGAUAAGUCGGGAAAGAAGUCGAAGGGUGGCGAUUACGAACUCCAAGACAACGCCAACAAGGCAUGAUGACGAUCACCACACAACAGUACCGUACCGUAUGUAGUGUGUAGUCUAAGAAUCUGAAGUGUAUAUUACUACUCUAUCUUCUAGUACAGUCCAACGUGUCAUAAUGCCCACCUCUAUGUGACGGCCAUCUCUAUGUUCAUUUGUAGUAGCCACCUAUCUGUAGUAGCCACUUAAAGCCACACUGUACUACUUGUAGCUACUUGCUCCCUCUAUAUAGCAAACAAUGCCUAAUUGGUGACCAUUGGUCCCCCAUGAUCCUCUUUUUCUUAUGUUAAUUGAGAGCUGAGUUGAUAAGAUUAGCCACCUGUCAGUGACCUUGCUGGGUGGUCUUAUCCGUCCUUGUCAAACUAGUAAAGAUGGCCUUUAAGUUGUUUCUUUCCAGAGAGCUAGAAGAUAUAAGAUAAAAAACUUAACUCAGUGGUCACUUGUGCCCCCUCAGAGAAACUGAUUUAUUUACACCCUGUCUAUAGAGGUCACAUGGGUGGCCUUAGUAGACAGGUUUGACUGUAAGAACAUGUACAUGUAUGCAGCAAAGGGAAUUUCUUUUAACCAAAUGUUUGAUAAGAGGCACAAGGUCAUUGUUUACUUUGUGCCAGAAUUGAAAGAUUCUGGGAUCAAUAUCCCAAGGCUCUGUAAUGAUCAAAACCAGCGUGGUAUGUUAAAUUUUUAUUGAAUAUGCCUCAUUUUUUAGACCCUUGUCCCUUGGACAGGAGGUAAAGUCAUAAGUCCCUUUUCUACGUACAAUAUACAUGUAAACAUGUAUUUUUUUCUUCAAACCUGAAUCAUUGAAAUCAUUGAAUAAUCAACAUCAAUGUCUGUGAAUGGGACUAGAACCACUUGAGGUGGCUAGUCUUCAAAAGCUUUUUAUAUCAGAGAUAUGAUAUAUGUUCAUCUAGAAAAUGUGCCUGUUUGGCAGCCUGCAUUUGAUGUCUUCAACAAUAUGGAGAGGCUCUACCUAAGCUGGCCUUAAAGUUACCAUGAAAGUAUUGAUGUACAUUUUUCACUAGGCAUUUGAACGUGGAGUUGGCCAUCCAUUUAUAUGUACCAUACACUGUAGUCUCUUGUAGUAGACUUUGACUGCACAAAGCUGAGAAGGCCUCAGAACCACACUACAUAUUGAUAUACGGCUGAAAUCUAGUUGUUUAUGUGAAGAGAUUAUAUAUAUAUAUAUAUAUAUUGAGGGAUGAGAAACAGAAGGACUUUAGGAACUAAGUGAGUUAGUUUGUGUACCUGAUAUUCAUAACAACCUUCUGCUUCUCACCCUAGGGUCAUAUGUUGUGUUCUGAAAGACAUAAGGGCGUUAAUCCAUCUUUUCAACCAAGAUUUGUGCCCUUAUGGUUCUCAGCAGAUGACACUGUCCCGUAAAUCGACCAUGUAUAAAAGCUGGAGCCAGAAGGACGUUAACUCUGUAAAGAAGUGUAUGAGAUAACGCCCUUCUAGCUAUCGGCAGACAAUGUGUAAAAACUUCUUGGAAGUUAUGAAUGGCUUGUUAUCAUUGCCACCAAAAACAUUUAAAUAAAUAAAUAAAAAAAA